UCAACGAUGUCAAGGAUAUCACUUGGCAAGGAAUACUCGUGCGGGCCUUGUGGCACUGGUAAGCUAUGAGAACAAGGUAUUUGCUUCAUCCAUGGUUCUUCAAGUUAUAUUCUGAUCCUGCGCAAAGGCCCCUCCACAGCUAUGGAAACUAGAAAUGGUCAAAGACAUUGCUAGGUUAACUCUUCGGCAUACGUACAUGCCUAAAUCCCAGGUAGAUUUUGCAGGCCCUAGUUACUUUGGAGGCAAAAGUGACGAAUUAGUCCUCUGCGCUGGGAAAGCCGGGGACAUACACAUAUGGGAUCAGGAAUCCGGGGCACUGCUUCACCAUGUUCGAGCCCAAGAUCUCGGUGGGGACCUGACUUGCAUAGCCUGGAACCAUGCCGAAGACAAUCCUUUCAUGUUCGCCACAGGAAGUCAUGAUGGCGCUCUACGAAUAUGGACAAAAAUUGAGCGACAAUUGCAAGCUCAUUCUUCCCCGGCUGGGCCGGAUGAUCAGCUUCCUUUCUUCACUCGCAGCUCCUCGCCAUCUGAGAUGGAGGGCAUGCAGCGCACAGAAAGCCCAUUAACACAACAGGAGUUCGAGUCGUCUUUUGCGAACAGUAUGGAGAGCUUGACAUCGUCCUCUGGUAACAGGGAGAGGGUUGUGGCAUUUGCUACAACACAUGCAGCCUCAAACUCUGGAAUGUUAUCGUAACAAAGGGAAGGAAGGAUAUAUUUCAGAAUUAUCACGAUAUUAUGGUUUUAAAGAUACGAACACGUAGGCGUCAAUGACCAGAGAAUGGAGAGAAAUUAUAUGCCAUCGUAAACGGAUUCGUCAGUAGACUUCCAUUUUGAACGACGGCCAUUACCA